GUAUGUAGUGGUCAUAAUUUUUUAAUUUUCAAGCUGACUUGCUACUGUAUCGAGUGCUUUCUCUUGAAUGAGUGGAUCGCGACUUAGUGUACUAGGGCUUUUCCGAAAUAGUUAUGUAACAUGAAGACGUUUCAAUGAUCGGACGGAGUCAUUGAGCAGUGAUAGCCCCAAUAUGCACGUUUUCAGUGAUAACUAUCCAGAUAUAUUUUAACUAGUUAAACUGAAGUUUAGUUUAAGUGUUAAAGUGAAAAUCUCCCAAGUAAACGAAACAAACACCACUGGAGUCAUGAUUGCAAGAAAUCACUGAAAUGUCUUUGAAUAAGAUGGCAUAUAAUAUUGAUUGGAUUAUUCCUAACCUUAGAAAUCCAACUAAACUAUGGAGCAUAGCGAGUACCAUAACUGUGGCCGCAGUUGGGCUGUUUAGUAAAAUAAUAAUACAGUGGUUGAAUAAAACGAAGGUCCACAAUGGCAAUGUUAUUUCCAAUUUGUUGGAAUCCAGACCAACCAAUGUACCACUAAUAACAGUCUCUAACCACCAUUCAUGUUUCGAUGAUCCAGGAAUAUGGGGAACAUUGAAUAUAAAGAACCUGUUCAGGCCGAGCAAGAUGCGCUGGUCGCUGGCGGCCCACGACAUCUGCUUCACCUGUUGGCAACACUCGUACCUGUUCAGUUUAGGGAAAUGUAUACCUGUGAUAAGAGGCGCUGGCGUCUACCAGACCGCUGUCGAUUUCUGCAUCGAACAGCUUGCCAGGGGUGGUUGGGUACAUGUUUUUCCUGAAGGUAAGGUGAACAUGACGAAAGAGAACAUGCGCCUGAAGUGGGGCGUCGGACGUAUGAUAUUUGAGUCUCCGGUAACACCGAUCGUGGUACCGAUUUGGCACAUUGGUAUGGAUGAUGUGUUGCCGAACGAACCGCCCUACGUCCUGCAGCUGCGAAAAAAUCUCACAUUUAAUUACGGCGAUCCCAUAGACCUGACGAACAUGGUCAAAAUGUUAAGGGCACGUAACGCCAGCGACGAGGAGGCACGUAAACAGAUCACUGACUUCCUACAGGACCGAUUGUUACAGCUGAAAGCGGAAACUGAAGUCCUCCACAAAACCAACUUUAAACCGAAAUCAUGAUACUUUUUCGGAAAAAAAUAGGCGUAAUUUAUUUAUUGUUUUUUAUUAUUUUUUAAUUACGACUGCUGACAAGAAAGAAUAAUAGAAUCUUUUAUUAUUAUUAAUAUUAAGUUUUAAAACUAGCGGUUUUAAAUUAUAUAUGCUAGUCAUGUAGAAUAUUGCCAUUUCGUGUCUAACUAUAUUAUACACAUAUAUAACGUAAAAGUGAACUUUGAAUUAAUAAAGUGAGCACUGUAUUUUAAUAUCUGUGUCUUUUCUGUUCGUGAAAUGGGCGAUAUAAGUGCAAAAAAUGGAAUAUUAUUUCAUUCAUAAUUAAUUUGUCUUCCGCAUAUUAAAAAAACCAAUUAGGUAAUGUGUAUUUGAGGAUUUGAAUAGGUUAUUAUUUGGAAUAAAUCAAAUCAAACUGUAUUAAGUUUUUGUUAUUAUUUGUAAUAUAGUUUAAAUUUGAUAAUAAUAAAUACACAAUAUGCAUAUAAAAUCUAA